CUAUUAAUCUCUCUCUCUCUCUCUCUCUCCCCUAACCGCAACCAAAAGAAGACGCUCCCCAUUUCACUAACGAGUCUUCGGAGGUGAGCAUAAGACAGGCGGUGUUGGGAGUACAACCUUCCAUUCCAACCGGCGAGCGAGGCAGAAAGAGAGAGUGAUUAGCGAGAGGAUACACUACCGCUGCUGUCGCUGAUCUCCCUCGUCUGUCAACUGCUCUCCGAUUCCCUGGCAAGCAACUUGGUUUGUCAACGGCGGAAGAAGAGUUCUCUGAGGCAGCUCUUGUACGAAAAUAGACAAGAAUCACUAGUCUAGGGGGACAGAAGGAAAUGCUGGGCCGGUGGAGGUCGAGCGCCGGGUGGGUGGCGGUGGCGGUGGCGGUCGUGUGCGCCGCCACCUUGGUUGGCCCCUGCUCCGCCGGCGACCCCUUCGCUUACUUCGACUUCGAUGUCUCCUACAUCACCGCUUCCCCUCUCGGCGUCCCCCAGCAGGUGAUCGCGAUCUCGAAGCAAUUUCCCGGCCCCGUUAUGAACGUUACCACCAACUGGAAUGUGGUCGUGAACGUGCUCAACAGCUUGGAUGAGCCCUUACUACUCACAUGGGACGGAAUCCAGCACCGAAAGAACUGUUGGCAGGACGGGGUGCUGGGCACCAACUGCCCCAUCCCCCAGGGCUGGAACUGGACCUACCAGUUCCAAGUGAAGGACCAGAUCGGCAGCUUCUUCUACUUUCCCUCCCUUGGCCUCCAGCGUGCUGCCGGUGGCUUUGGUGGGAUCACCGUCAAUAACCGUGAAGUCAUUGCUGUGCCCUUUGGGAACCCGGAUGGGGACAUCACUCUCUUCACCGGGGAUUGGUACAUCAAGAGCCACAAGGACCUGAGGAAGGCCCUUGAUGAGGGGAAGGACCUUGGUAUGCCUGAUGGUGUUCUGAUGAAUGGGAAGGGGCCAUACCGUUACAAUACCACACUUGUUCCUGAUGGCAUCGAUUAUGAAACCAUCAACGUCGAACCUGGCAAAACAUAUCGUUUUCGUGUUCACAACGUUGGCAUCUCAACUAGCUUGAACUUUAGAAUUCAAAAUCACAACCUGCUUCUUGCGGAGACAGAAGGAACAUAUACCGUGCAACAGAAUUAUACCAACCUCGAUAUCCAUGUGGGUCAAUCAUAUUCCUUCUUGAUUACCAUGGAUCAGAAUGCAAGCAGUGACUACUAUAUUGUGGCAAGUGCUAGGUUUGUGAAUGAGUCGCUAUGGACCAGAGUUACUGGUGUUGCCAUUUUACACUAUUCAAAUUCCAAGGGAAAAGCAGCUGGUCCUCUUCCUGAUCCUCCUAAUGAUUUCUAUGAUAAAACCUUUUCGAUGAAUCAGGCUAGAUCUAUCAGGACAAAUGUUAGUGCUGGUGCUGCACGUCCUAAUCCUCAAGGAUCAUUCAGAUAUGGUUCGAUCAAUGUUACCCAGGUGUAUGUUUUGAGAAAUAUGCCUCCUGUGAUCAUCAAUGGAAAACGCAGGACUGUACUUAGUGGUAUAUCAUAUUCUCCUCCGGCUACUCCUUUGAGGCUUGCUGACGAGUUUGACAAGCAGGGAGUUUAUACACUUGAUUUUCCCACUAGACCACUUGAUAGACCACCUCGACUUGGAACAUCUGUAAUCAAUGGCACAUAUAGGGGUUUCAUGGAAAUUAUAUUCCAAAACAAUGACACCACAGUUCAGACAUACCACAUGGAUGGAUAUGCAUUCUUUGUGGUGGGGAUGGAUUAUGGAGAAUGGACAGAGAACAGUAGGGGCACAUACAAUAAGUGGGAUGGUGUUUCUCGCUGCACAACACAGGUUUUCCCAGGGGCAUGGACUGCUGUACUAGUUUCAUUGGACAGCGUAGGUUUUUGGAAUGUGCGUGUGGAGAAUCUUGAUACAUGGUACCUUGGGCAGGAGGUGUAUGUAAGAGUUGUCAAUCCGGAAGAUAAUUCUAACAAGACAGAGUUGCCGAUGCCAGAUAAUGUUCUCUAUUGCGGACUCCUCAAAGAUAAGCAGAAGCAGCAGACUCCACAUGGCUCUCAGGGUUCAUCUUCUUUCACCACAUAUGUUGGGGCCAUGCUGCUUACAUGCAUGAUGAUUUUUGCUUCAAUUGUCAUUUUCCCGUAAUUAGUCCAGGUUAGAUUGAAGUGUAUUUGAUGUGUCAUUUUUAACCCUUUUAAGAAAACCUGACUUGUUUCAA